GUAAGAUACCUAAUUUUUUAUUAAAGUUUGGAACAAUGAGAUAUACUACUUCAUUUAUAGUUUUCUGUUUUUACAUAUUCCUCUUUACAAACCUUGUUCAAGGAGGAUUGGUAAGAAUAUGUAACCAUAGAAUCGAGGGUUAUGGAACAUGUGGGCCUAACGGACGUAAGAUAUGUUUAGACGCAUUUUGGAAAAAUCAACCAUCUCCCGGAUUAUCAAAGAACUUGGAGGGUUGUCAAUGUGAAGACCGUCGUAAGAGGCCACAAUUCAAGGGGCUAUCUCAUUCGUGUAGUUGUUGUUGGAGUUAUCAAGGUAAUUCAGAUGAAUGA